CUUGUGGAACGUUCUCACCGUGUGCAGUUUUGAUGUUGGCGGCCGGAAAAGUAUUUUGAACGAUGGCAGAUGGAGUACUAAUCGUGCGUAUUGUGUUUACGCCCUCAGUGAACCUCGCCUCUGGAGUCUCAAAGAUCUGUCGUCAGGCGCAGUCCGAACAUUGCUUACACUCUGGAAAAGUGUUUGUGAUAAGCUUCGCAAACCACAACGGCAACAGCUGAGUAAGGCUGUGGCGGUUAUAAAUGGCGGACGAUAUCAGGGCUGCGUUGGAACAGCCGCAAAAAUGAAAGCUGCUCUCGUGGUUCUUGCUGUUGUCGCCGUGGUGGCGGUGUGCGGCGCGAGGCGGUGGUCGACGACGGCGCGGCCGUGCGAGGACCGCUGCACCCUCCAGUACAGCCCCGUGUGCGUCCGCGACCAGCACGGCGCCUACUACUUGUUCAGCAACGAGUGCUUCCUGAGGGUCUGCAGAUGUCGCACCAACAUCGAGUUCACGAGACUGGACGACCCCGACGAGUGUCCCUCCGACGCAAGGACGAAGUGCCCGGACCAGCUGCGCUCGCCGAGCGACGCCUACGGCGAGAGCGUGGAGGCGCCCGAAUCGCGGUCAGACUCCUCCGACUCGUCCGAAGAGGGUGACAGCAUCAGGAGGCGCCACGAGCAGAAAGAGCGCUUCUUCUGAAGACACCGGGCGCAGCAGGGCCGCGUCUAGUGCAGCAGCUUGGGCGUCACCACUCGAUAUGUUCCCCACGACAAUGUUCCCGCUGCAGUAGUACAUUCCACUGUGCCACUAAUAUCUGAAACACUGUUAUGCACCAUUGCGUUACUUGUAGUUUUUUCGCAUUGAAGAAGCACUGCGACAUGCUUUUCAUCAGCUGUCUGUCAUUUGGAAGUCAUAUGCUCUUAAUGAAAAAUUUCUCUUAUUUUUUCUAAAUUAAAGAAGCUGCUGCGAUGUUACA